AUGGCGCCAAUGCGCGGCGAACGCGGCGGUUCACCAGCGAGGGGUGCUCGUGCGUCCCUGCCCCUGCCGCGUCGUCUCAUCAGGCAGAUAGCGAGACACGUGGCAUCAAGCGGGAGGUCGCUCAGACGGCUGGAGGUCUCCGGCAGGGUCAUUGACAACUUCGAUGACAUAGACGACGGUUCCGACGAGUCCGACAUGGAGACGCAGACGGCCGUCGCCUGCGCCGGUAAUUCUGGUAAUCUACCACCGGCCGAUCAUGACGACGAUCUAACAAGUCUCAGUUGGUUGCAAGACAAGAAUUUACUAAGCGGUAUAAAUCUAACUAAAAGUGACAUUGAAGACAGCAAACUUAUCAGCAGUCAAGUGGUUGUGAAAACAGAGCCAUCUAUAACUCCGCCGCCGUCGUCGCGAGUGCCCUCCCCUCCCCGUACUCCGUGUAAGGCUCCUCCCUCCCCUCCCGCUGUGAACACUCACACAAAACCCCCAUACUCCUUCUCCUGCCUCAUAUUCAUGGCUAUAGAAGCGGCCCCAGCAAGAGCUCUCCCAGUUAAAGAAAUAUACGCCUGGAUAGUUCGACAUUUCCCAUACUUCAAACAUGCGCCGCAAGGCUGGAAGAACAGCGUCAGACAUAAUCUGUCGUUGAACAAAUGUUUCCAUAAGGUGGCGGCCGCUCCUGGAUUAGGCAAAGGUUCGCUUUGGACUGUAGACCCUCAACAUAGAUCGUCUCUUCUUCAGGCGUUCGGUCGUCAGCCGGUACCUCCAGUAGAGGUUGAGGAGCAAGACACAUCGACCAGUGUAAAGAACACUCCCGACCCCCAGCUGUUUCCUUACUUAGCCCGCAGACUGGCAGAUGCUCGCUCCCCGCCCGGCGCUGAUGAAUACUUGGCCGCGGCCACUGUAUUGGCUAUGAAGUAUGGACCCGCUGUAUUAGAUCAGCUCCCUCCAGAGGCCCACCUGGUUAUAUCUCGUUGUGCUCGUGACGAACACUCAUAUAGCGGCGGGGAGGAGCGUCGCACGGCCGAGGCGCUCCUCAACCUGGCCGGUGUCAGGCCUCACGCGCCCAGCUAG